UUUAGAUCAAACAGCAUGUUCCUUGAAACAUUCGAUUUUUAGCUUUCAUCGUGUUCACCUCAAUUUAUGUUUGUGUUAACACGCAAUGUUCGCGGUGUUAAGGCGGUCAUAGUGCAGUUGUAUUAAUAGAGUUCUAUUUAUUGAUAACUACAUUGACAAUUGUUAUCAUUGAUAACUACAUUGACAAUUGUUAUCAUUAACAACAGUAGCUGCUUUAUGUCUAGAAGGAAUCGACGACAAGGGGAGAGAAUUCUGCACCACAUUGCAGCAAAAAUACCUAGUGUUGAAUCGCAGAGUGUCAAAUAUAUCUUGAGCUCGAUUUUUUUAACCAACAUGUGAUAUCAAUUUGUGCAUUACUUAGCCCAUCUUGUAGCAUUGCGCGUAAUAAUACAUAGCUACUGUUCUAUAGCUAGAUAGAGUGUGAGCUGUGUAUGGACUAAAGUAUAAAGCCGUGUGAGCUUGGCCUUGUGUUGGACGUGUGCUGCGGCGCCUUAUUAUAUUGAUGAGUUUUUGAUGAUGGAGCUCCAUGGAUUAUUCCUCGGAUUUAUUAUCUUCGUUUCAUCGUGGCUUCUCUGUAAAGCAGGUGUCCAUCCGAAAGAUCCCGUACAGACUGCCGAGAUCGGGACAGAAGGCCGAGUUAUCUACGAUGUACAUGAGCGGUUAGAACCGGAUCCGAGCCACCUCUGCCCGGAUUUUGAAUGCAGAACCCCGCACGGUCCGUGCAACAAUACCGACAAAUACCAGGUUGUCAGUUUCAGCGAACCGACACACACUCACUCCGGUUAUGAGUAUGAAUGUGGUAUCCGGAUCACAGAUGUGUCGGAUAGCGAUGCCGGUGUCUAUAUGAUCUGUAAAAAGGCUGUAAACGGCUGCUUGAUUGGUAACGACAUGAACGUGACCUUGUCUGUCUGGAGAAGGGAUAGUCAUGGUCGCAUUUGUACAACAACUUUCGAUAGUACAACCAGGAAACGGUCAAACAAUUGUACAUUGCUUACAAUAAUAGCACCAACAACAACAGGAGCAACAACAACGACAGGGGAGGUUGCUACAACAUCUACCGAUAAGAACACCGUACAAAGCACAGAGUCUGGUGGUGGUUCAGGUGAAAACGAUGCUGUUGUAGGAAAACCAACAGAGGAGGGGAAGCAGUCGUUGUGCAAACGGAAGAUUGUGUUUACUGCUGUGGGAGUUCUUUUCUUCACGUUAUUUAUUGUGGGCAUCUUCAUGGUGAUUUGGCGGAGAUAUCGACGACGCCGCUGCGGGGGAAGAAGAAACGACUAUGAACUCGGCGUACAGAAUCCAAACGGGUUUGCCUCUCUGUCACAACUAAGCAGCAACAGGCAAGCCAUUCACGGCGAUUCCGAGGACAAUGAGAGCGACUGAUUUAAAGAGAUAUAUUAAAGAGAAUAUACAUGGUACUCUGCCUAGGUCGAAUCUCUUGUCAUACAUAGUUUCAUGUUUUGAUCUGAAAUAAUGAGUUAUGCGAUUAUUCGACUCAUGCAUGGAAGGUCGUUGUAAGUGUAUGGUGAUAUAUACCACAGAUAAGUUGGUGAUAACUAUACUGAUAACCGUAGAGGUGGACGUGGUGACCGGUAACAUGUAACCAGCAUACGAACGUAGAGGGCGUCAGAGCUUUGAUCUUGAAUAGGAAGACUUGUUGCAGAAUCAAGAAGUAUUUUGACCCUUCAAAAUCCAUGCCCGGGCCUAUGUUCAUCAGAUGGAGUUUAAUUAGACGUCGUGAUGUGUGUGGCCAUGAACCAUGAGGAUCUACAUGUCAAGGUUAUAUCGACUGAUCAGAAGUUCAAAGUCAUGUCCUUCGGAUGCACACUGAAGAUUGUAACAUGGAUAUUAUAAACUGAUUUAGUCAUAGACGCAGUUUCGAGUCACAGACAUGCAUAUCAUGGAGGCGAUGGCCUUGAAGGUAUGACACCAGAGUCUAUAAAAGCAUUUGAAACAUCCUCAGUAAUGGUCAUCAUAUUGCUUAUGUAAUGACUUUGACGACAGCCAAAAUAUUACCCGUUAUACAUGGCCGAGGCCGGGCUUGAUGGAGAAAUACUAAACACUGCCAAAGUGGGCGAUGCAUCUUUAGGUCAUCAACACAGAUUGUUUUAUGGUGUUGUAGUUUAUUGGAUCCGUCGCCAGUGUUACUGUGGAUCUACUGUGGAUCCAGUGUUACCAAACGUCACAGAGACACUUUGAUUUGCCACGCUCGACACAGGUGUAGCCAUUGAACCAUUUCAUGGUCCAAUCUGUGAAUGCAUAGAGUUCUGGCUGGCUGGCUGGCUACUCACCAGUAGCCAGCCAUAUAUAUACAUAUUGAUAUUUGUAGAAGGGAAGAUGGACAGUGUAAAUUGCAACAAUUAUGUUCACUUACUCUUCAUUUUUUAACCUAAAAGGGUAAAUAGGCCCUCAUUCAUCAUGGCUAUAUGUUUGUUAUUAUCAAGUGAAGCGUGUGCAUGUUUAUGUUCCAUAGUGUAAAGUGUGUAUACGUUUCCUUUAUAUUUGUUAGUGUUAAUGCGUAUCAAUAGCGCCAUCUUCGAUCAACGACUGAUUCAUUUUUUAAACCAAACAAAGGUUACCAAAGUUACGGAUGAAAACUUUUCAAGAUUUUGUGAACACAAGAUGAAAGUAAUGCAAUGUUAGAUCAUCAAUAGUGCUAGAUAUAUCAAUGGUAAUUUUUAUUUAGUUAUGUAUAUCUAUACUUGAAUUGAGUGGGAAAUUUUAUAGCGUAAUUAUGUAUUUUUGUAUUUGGAUGACAUUAAUGUUCUUUUUUAUAGGAAUUUUAGAUUAUUUUAUAUUUCAAAGAUCCUUUUACCAAAUUAUAUUGUUGAUCGAAGUACUUUUAUUCAUAUCUGAUUUAUAAACUUAUGAAUACUAACAUUACAGAAUGGUGCAGUGAAAUAUAUUAUCAUAACAACACCUUUUGUUGGGGAAAAUUGAUUUUCCUUUACCGGUAUAUUUGCAUUAUUUCAUUAAAGUUAAGGCCAUAUCAUGUUUGUCAAAUCUUGCCAUUUCCUUUGAAUAGGGAUACAUUUGAUCUUUAUUCAAGUUCUUUUUGGUUUGGUUAAUUUGUCUUUGUAAAAGGAGUUUGAGCAUUAUAUUGAAACACAAUGAACUAUACAUAUUGUUGUUCCUCUUUUAUGAACUGAAUUUAGUUUUUGUUUCAUCAUACACUGCCAAUCGAAAAGGAGUCUUCUCUUACACAUGUACAUCUUUUUAUAUAUUCAUAUUUUGAAGAGAAAAGGAAAAAUCUGGAUAUAAGAUUUAUAUUUUAGGAAAAGAAUAUUGAAAAAAAAUUGUGAUUUUACACUCGAGAGAGGCAUUCGUUUAUCACCGGCGAUUUUCUUCUUUAUACUUUGAAGAGAAAAAAACCAUAAGAUGUCAAUUUUCAGGAUACAGAUUAUUUAUUACUAAAAAUGUGAAUUUGCUGCCCGAGUUCGUAUUCUCUGCAAAGUGGAUGUUGCAUAGAUCGCAAACUGUAGUGGUGUAUAUAAGCUAUGGAAAACCGUGCCCUGGGUAGCGUAAAAAUUACUCCCUAUUACUCAAUACUGUUUUAGCAAACACUGACGCUUUCUACAACGCGGCAAUUCCUUUGAAUAUGCAAGUCAAAUCACAAUGGAGAGCUGAGAGGCUUUUUUGUCGAAAGCUUGUGGAACCGGCGGGACAGCAGAUGGUCUGAAGAUUUGGACAGGACGAAAAACUGCAAACAAAAGUCGUUUGUCCAGACGACACUGCUGUUUUGAUUCACUGAUUAUCGACUGAGACUUCUUUGUAAUUAAAGGGCUUUUGACAAUAGAUUGUCUGCGUUGUGAAAAGUGUCUGCAUAGGGAUGGCGAAAAUGCCCUAUAGUGAUUAGGGCGAAUGGCGCAAAAAAUGCUCCCCUUCCAAUAAUGAUGAUGUCAUUAACGGUGCAAUCGCGCCCCUACCAUCUUUCAUGGCGAUUUGUAUGAUUGUUUGUGAAAUUGAUCCGUCAUUUUUCUUCCAUAUUUAUGUUUUUCCUUUUUAUUCCCCAUGUUCUUACUUUUUCCUUCUUGCACCCCCGCAAUAUAUACUCCACCGGCAAACUAAGCUUAAGUUGAGUUGGGGGAUUCCAAAAGGGAAUUUCUCUGGUUGUAAAACAAAUUAGGCUAAAUAAAUCCAUUGUGCAAUACAGGCCUGUAAUUUGGCAUAAGUCUCUGUUAUAUCCUCCUCGUUUAUUUAUGUGUCUUUGUAUAUUUUGAGGGAGUAAUUAUAAUAGGCCUACUCGUGUCUGUUUGGGAGAAUGGCAUUAAAAGGCCAUGAAUGUGUUUUUUUUUCUCACUGCCAGCAAAUGAAAUACAGAAACAAGUUUUAAAGCAAAAUGAGGCAGUUCAAUUUUAAAUGAUUUGCAAACAACUUGUCUACCGUUAAGAAUUUGUUUACAAACUCCAUCUUGGUCCUACAAUCGUAUUGCGAUUGUGUCACAUUCAUUUUUAUCAUAUAUUUCAUUUCCAAUAGAGUAGAAUUUCGUAUUAUUUGCUUGUACCUUUAUGGAGAUACAUGUAUAUAAUUGUAUCAUUUUAAAAGGUUAGAAUAUAUUAUGAUAUGGUCAUAUCAAAAAUUGAUUUACGAGUAUUUGAAUCACUGAAUAGUUUGUGUAUUACCAUAAUCUCCUUUGAAAUAUUCAUAAAUUUUCAUUUUGAGGAUGGUUCUGAAGUCGCACUGAUCUUGUGUACCCAGCUUUCCAUUCUUUUGUGAUGGUACAGAUACGAAUCUUGGGGUUGUGUUUCACAAAUCAUUGAUUGUGAUUAGGUCUUGUGAUUUAGGUUAGGACUUGAGCUGGUGCUGUUAUAAGUGAAAAACGUGGUAUGUUGGCUUUAAAAAGUAGAACGGAUAUAUUUACGAUAGAGUGAGAAAAAUAGUUACUGAAAAAGUUACCAUUGUUCAUUUCCGGGUAAGAGUGUUGAGAGCUGGACUUUCAUGGCGAUAUGCAGGCAUACAUUUUCUUUUCAAAUUAUGAUAAAUCUGUAUUGCUCUGUUUAAAUCUUCCUUCAAAUUACGCAUUUCAGUUACACAAAAUAUUUUGGAUUACUUAUACUUAUGCUAGAGUUUUGCAAGUAAUUUGCAUGUUUUUGUGUAAAAUCAAUCAUACCAAGAACAAUUCUUGAUUCCAGAUAUUCCAAGAGUGACAUACUUAUGUUUAUAAUAAGAUAAUGCUAGAACUCGCAACCUUUGAGUAGCUUAUUGAAGAGGGGGAUUUUUUUUUCAUAAUGUACAUAAAUUAAGAAGGUGCCUGGAGACAUAACACAGCAAGGGACACAAAACCAAACUUAUCUUUAUCUAAUUUUAUGCAGUUUUCUAUGUCGUAUUCUUUUAAGUCAACAGGACCGUGUUGAAAAACAGUGUAUAUAUUACCUGAACAUGUUAUCCUGAAUAAAGAUGUUUUGAUAAAUAAAUAAAUAAAUUUAC